AUGGCGAGCUGGGAGUACCCUACUCAUAAAACAUUUCCCAUUGUUCCCCCGCUUGAAGAGGUGGAACAAAACGAUCGACCAGGUAUUAUGGAUGCACGAGAACAAAAGAUUCGAGAAGAUUGGGUUAAAUUGAUGGAACUUCGAUUACUUCGAGACCAAAUGAAAAGAUGUUAUAAGACUGAAGGCGUUAAUCAUUAUCAAAAUUGUAAAGAGUUGAGUGAAAAAUAUUUGAGUCUAUUGGAAGAGAGUAAAGUUAAAGGGUUUAGAAAACUAAAAAAUUCCAAGUCAUCAUAA